GCCAGCGACCGAGCGGGGCCCGGCCCGAGCGGGGCCUGGGGGUGCGACGCCGAGGGCGGGGGAGCGCGCGCCGCUGCUCCGGACCGGGCCGCGCGCGCCGCCUCAGGCCGCUGUGACCUGAGCCGAAGGCAGACGCCCAACAACUGAGCCACCCAGGAACCAUCACCAUUGCCGGGACCUCAUAGAAACCCCUGCCAGUUACCGGGGCACCUCUCAUCACGGCCGUGGCUACAACUGGGUCUUCAAAGUGUGACAGCCUCUCUGCGGCAGCCAUGGGGUCUGAGGAUCAUGGGGCCCAGAACCCGAGCUGUAAAAUCAUGACGUUUCGCCCAACCAUGGAAGAAUUUAAGGACUUCAACAAAUACGUGGCCUACAUCGAGUCCCAGGGAGCCCACCGGGCGGGCCUGGCCAAGCCUUGGUGUCUGGGCAGGCUUCGUCUGAUGGAACUGGCUGGGCGAACCCCCGUUUCCCCGAUCAUCCCCCCAAAGGAGUGGAAGCCCAGGCAGACGUACGAUGACAUUGACGACGUGGUCAUCCCGGCCCCCAUCCAGCAGGUGGUGACGGGCCAGUCAGGCCUUUUCACACAGUACAACAUCCAGAAAAAGGCCAUGACAGUCGGGGAGUACCGCCGCCUGGCCAACAGCGAGAAGUACUGUACCCCGCGGCACCAGGACUUCGAUGACCUGGAACGCAAGUACUGGAAGAACCUCACCUUCGUCUCUCCCAUCUAUGGGGCUGACAUCAGUGGCUCUUUGUACGAUGACGAUGUGGCCCAGUGGAACAUCGGGAGCCUGCGGACCAUCCUGGACAUGGUGGAGCGUGAGUGCGGCACCAUCAUCGAGGGCGUCAACACCCCCUAUCUGUAUUUCGGCAUGUGGAAGACCACCUUUGCCUGGCACACGGAGGACAUGGACCUGUACAGCAUUAACUACCUGCACUUCGGGGAGCCCAAGUCCUGGUACGCCAUCCCGCCUGAGCACGGCAAGCGCCUGGAGCGGCUGGCCAUCGGGUUCUUCCCCGGGAGCUCCCAGGGCUGUGAUGCCUUCCUGCGGCACAAGAUGACCCUCAUCUCGCCCAUCAUCCUCAAGAAGUACGGGAUCCCGUUCAGCCGGAUCACACAGGAAGCCGGGGAGUUCAUGAUCACGUUUCCCUAUGGCUACCAUGCUGGAUUCAAUCACGGGUUCAACUGUGCAGAAUCUACCAAUUUUGCCACUUUGCGGUGGAUUGAUUAUGGCAAGGUGGCCACUCAGUGCACGUGCCGGAAGGACAUGGUCAAGAUCUCCAUGGACGUGUUCGUGCGCAUCCUGCAGCCAGAGCGGUAUGAGCUGUGGAAGCAAGGCAAGGACCUGACGGUGCUCGACCACACCCGGCCCACGGCCCUGAGCAGCCCAGAGCUGAGCACCUGGAGCGCCUCCCGGGCCUCACUCAAGGCCAAGCUCCUACGCAGACAAAUUAGUCUGAAAGAAAACAGACACUGGAGAAAGACUGAGGAGGACAGAAAGGCCAGUCUAGAAAGGAAGAAAGAGCAGACCAGGAGGCCGGGGCCGCCGUCCCACCGGAAAAGGAGCCAGCCUAAGAAGCCCAAACCGGAAGACCCUAAGUCACCAGGGGAGGGGGCCACCGGGGCCACCCUCCUGGAGGAGCCUGGUGGCCUGAAGGAGGAGGCCUUGCAGGAAGUGGACGCCGAGGAGGAGGAGGAGGAGCCGCAGCCAGCGCCACCGCAGGGUCGGGAGGCUGAGGCCAUGGAAGAAGACGGGAGGGGCAAGCUGCGGCCGGCCAAGGCCAAGAGCGACAGGAAGAAGAAGGGCUAUGGUCCUCCGCAUCCCCACCACCCCCUCUUGCCCCAGCUGCCGCCGCCCCCACCCACCCAGUUCUCUGCCGAGGAGGCGCCCAGACUGCCACCCCCGCUGGAGCCCCCGGCACUGGCCCCGGGCCCCGCGCCAGCUGAAGAGAACCCCCCACCGCCACCUCUCAACGUCGUGCCCCCCGAGGCACCCGGCGAGGAGCCGGAGGUGAAGCCGCGCCCCAUCAUCCCCAUGCUGUACGUGGUGCCACGGCCCGGCACGGGGUGUGACAAGGGCCGCGUGUCCUGCCAGCAGGCCUUUGAGCACUUUGCCCAGAGGGGCCCCACCUGGAAGGAACAGGCGGCCCCCAUGGAGCUGACGGGUCCCGAGGAGGAGAGCGGAGCCAGCGAGGUACAGGCGCCACCCACGUUCUCCAAACUGAAGAUGGAGAUCAAGAAGAGCCGGCGUCACCCCCUGGGCAAGCCGCCCACCCGCUCCCCGCUGACCGUGGUCAAGCAGGAGGCCUCGAGUGACGAGGAAGCCUUCCCUUUCUCCGGGGAGGAGGACAUGAGUGACCCCGAGGCCUUGAGGUCUUUGCUCUCCCUGCAGUGGAAGAACAAGGCUGCCAGUUUCCAGGCCGAGAGGAAGUUCAACGCGGCGGCCGCCCUGACUGAGCCCUACUGCGCCAUCUGCACCCUCUUCUACCCUUACAGCCAGUCCCUACAGACCGAGAAGGAGGCUCCCCAGGCCUCCCUCGGGGAGGGUCCCUCGGCUGCUCCUCCUUCCAAAAGUGGCCAGAAGACACGGCCGCUGAUCCCCGAGAUGUGCUUCACCUCCAGUGGUGAGAACACGGAGCCCCUCCCCGCCAAUUCCUACAUUGGGGAUGACGGGACCAGCCUGCUGAUUGCCUGUGCCAAGUGCUGUCUGCAGGUGCAUGCCAGUUGCUACGGCAUCCGCCCCGAGCUGGUCAAUGAGGGCUGGACGUGUUCCCGGUGCACGGCCCACGCCUGGACUGCGGAGUGCUGUCUCUGCAACCUCCGGGGAGGAGCCCUGCAGAUGACGACCGACCGGAGGUGGAUCCAUGUGAUCUGUGCCAUCGCCGUCCCCGAAGUGCGCUUCCUGAACGUGAUGGAGCGCCACCCCGUGGACAUCAGCGCCAUCCCCGAGCAGCGGUGGAAGCUGAAGUGCGUGUACUGCCGGAAGCGGAUGAAGAAGGUGUCGGGAGCCUGCAUCCAGUGCUCCUGUGAGCACUGCUCCACGUCGUUCCACGUGACCUGCGCCCACGCCGCCGGGGUCCUCAUGGAGCCGGACGACUGGCCUUACGUUGUGUCUAUCACCUGCUUCAAGCACAAGUCAGGGGGCCACAGCGUGCAGUUCCUGAGGGCCGUGGCCUUGGGCCAGAUGGUCAUCACCAAGAACCGCAACGGCCUCUACUACCGGUGCCGGAUCAUCGGCACCAGCACGCAGACCUUCUACGAAGUGAACUUCGACGACGGGUCCUACAGCGACAACCUGUACCCGGAGAGCAUUACCAGUCGGGACUGUGUCCGGCUCGGACCCCCGCCCGAGGGGGAGUUUGUGGAGCUGCGGUGGGCGGACGGCAGCCUGUACAAGGCCAGGUUCAUUUCCUCUGUGACGAGCCACGUGUACCAGGUGGAGUUUGAGGACGGGUCUCAGCUGAUGGUGAAGCGUGGGGACAUCUUCACUCUGGACGAGGAGCUCCCCAAGAGGGUCCGGUCGCGGCUGUCGCUCAGCACGGGGGCACCUCAGGAGAACACCUUCUCGGGGGAGGAGGUGAAGGCCGCCAAGCGCCCGCGGGUGGGCACCCCGCGCGCCCCCGAGGACUCAGGGCGGAACCCGGACUACCUAGCGUUCAUGGAGAGCCUCCUGCAGGCGCAGUGCCGGCCCGGGGGCCCCUUCUAGGACAGCCGGCCGCCCGGCGACCCCUCGGCCCAGCAAGGCAGGCGGCGGCGGGCCCUGGCGUUUGCUUGCUGUGAAUCCCGUCCUCGCCUCCCCCGGCCCCGAGAGGCUACCUCCACGCGCGGCCGCCCCGCUCUGCGGCGACAGGAGCGAGCAGGAUGCCGGCCCGCGGCCCGGACUCAGGGAGCAGGGCCACGCGGGCUCUGGGGGGGCCGGCUGGGGACUCGCGCCACCCCCACGACUCAGAUUCGUAAACCAUGUCAGCUCUUCUUCUCGAAAAGGUGCUACUGCAUUGCCUGCCUCCUGAGCAGCCUUUGAGAUUGUGACUUCUGUACAUACAUCACCUUUGUGAGGCUCUUUCUAUAAAUACCUAUUGUUUAAAAAAAAACACACGCGAGAAAAAAAGGAAAACAGAGACCAGGAAAAAAAAUCCCCAAAGCUGUUUUCUAGAUUUGUGGCUUUAACAAUGAAACAAAACAAAAAUGUUCUUUUUCUCAGAACCGAGAUACGCCGAGGGAGAUAAAAGCAUCUCGUUUUUUGUUUGUUUGUUUGUCGUUUUAAAACCUCGCUGGUCUCGGCGAGCGGCAGGGAGGUAGGUGCCUGGGAGGCCGGGCAGGGUCAGGGACGUGUGUCGAGGCCUGUCCCUCCUCCCCCCAGACUUGGCGAAGGCCUGGGCGGCUGGUACCGUCUCCUUGGCCAGCGCCAGCCCCGUGGCUCUCUGCGCCGACGGGAGGAGGCCGGCCGCGCCCUUUGGGGGUCCCGGAGCCCCCCUCUGGUCCGCGCACGCCUUCACAAAAUAAACACUCUCUCUUCUGGUUUGCUCCAUCUUUUGCUUCUUCCCCUCGUGAGAACCACUGCACGGCUGCGGCCUCCAGUGCUUGCAAAAGGGCUUGGUGCCCACGGAGUGUCCCCAGCACCGCCCGGGCCUCCCGUGGCCCUCCCAGCGGGUGCGUGGCUGGCUGCCUGUGGCCGUCUGGGGAGGGGCGACGCGGGGCCACGCAGGCCUCCCGGGUGGCCCGAGUCCGGCCGUUUCCCUGUGUGGGCGAGGCCUGUGUCCCCGGGCUCUGGCCACCCAGGUGCCCCACGUGCGCAGGACGCCCGCCUUGGACCCCUGUGUCCCGUUUGGAAAGCGUGGAUUUGUAUGUCUGGGGGACAGCAAGAGAGAACCAGACCCGCCUCCUGAGAGCAGGGGGUCGGAUUUAUGAGAGCGUGCCUGCGAGGGGCUUGGGACCCCCGCCCCCCGCUGUCCUGCCCUGGGCCCGACAGCAUAAUUUUGCUUGUGUAAAAAAAAAUUAAAAAAAAGAGCGUUCUGAUGGCUACCAGGCCAGAAAGAACUAUUAUAAGGAGAACGGAAAGAAUGUAAAUGAGCCGAGAACCUUUCAUUUGCUUGAUGGGGGGCGGGGGGCAGGUGCCCUGGAGCAGGGCGGGGGCGGGAGGCCCAGAGGGGAGCCAGCGGGGAUGUGGGGGUUCCCCUCUGCAUGCAGCAGCUCCGCCCGAUGCGGCACUGUGUUCAUAUGUAGUUUGAAAAUGCUAUUUAUAUUGUAAAGAGAACAAAAAGCGGGCUGGCCCUCUGGGUCAGGGGGGUGGGGGCCAGACCCGGGGGGGUCUUUCUGGGUCGAGGGUGACUGACGUGCAGACAGGCCGCGGCUCAACAGAGGGGAAAAGCCCAUCUCCCCACAAAGGUAUAUCCGUGUCUAUGUACAAAAACGAAAAACAAAACCCACCCACCCUGAUUUUUCUCCCACCCGAGAUUAAGGAUGCGCUGUAUUUUUGCCUAAUUUCCCCUGCCUCUAGGUUCAUAAUGAAUUAAAGGCUCGUGAGCACUGCGAAUUACA